CGCUGCGCUUGUUGCCAACUUCCCGUCAGUCAUUUUGUUGUUUGUUCUGAUUUAUUCGGUGGAUAGUUUUUCAGUCUUUGAAAUCGUCGAAAAUCUUUGUCAUCGAAAUCGGUCAAGCAAAGUGACAUAAUGAGUUCUGGAAUGCCUGAAUUAGGCUCCAAAAUAAGCCUAAUAUCGAAAGCUGACAUUCGUUACGAAGGCCGACUUUUUACUGUCGAUCCUCAGGAAUGUACUAUCGCCUUGGCUAGCGUGCGUUCAUUUGGCACGGAGGAUCGAGAGACUCAAUAUCCGGUAGCACCUCAAAGCCAAGUAUAUGACUACAUUCUGUUCCGUGGUUCUGACAUCAAGGAUAUCAGGGUGCUAAAUAAUGUUCCUUCAAUGCCCAAUGAUCCUGCCAUUAUGCAGAUGUCUGUACCCCCAACUCUGGGUACUGGACCAGCGCCUGGGCAGUAUUAUGUGGGGCAGUUUAACCAUCCAGUUGUUGGACAAACUCCAUAUCCUCAGUAUCAUCCAAUGGCUGGCUUUCCAAGUGGAGUUCACAACCAGCUCAACAAGACGAGUGAGUUGUCUCCUCAACAAUCUGUGGAACUGGCAUCACAAGCUCAGCCUGUAACGGCUCCAAUUGGUUCUGGAGUGAACCACCACUCCAACCAAGUGAAAGACCAAGGCUCAAUGCUUGACCUCAUUGGUGGAGGAUCCCAACAAAAUGCAUCUCGGUCAGGUACACCUGCUGUCGGUGUUCAUAGGAAAAGUCCAACAGCUGACCAAAGCAUUCAGGUUGGUACAGGCGCUGGCAGCUCAGGUCAACAACGGGAUAGCAGACGCGGGAGCAACAACACUGCACAGCAACAACAGCAGCAGCAGCAGCAACAACAAAAGGGCCAGCAACGCAAUCGUACCAACUCACGCAACCGACAACGUUUUCCGAGUGGCACGAAUCAGCAGCAACCCCAUCAACCACUACAACAACAACAACAACAACAACAACCUCAGCAACAGAAUAUGCAACACCAACCUAGACCUCAGCAUCACAAUCAUCAAGGGUUUUUUGAUGGACAAAACUUUAAUCGUGGAGGAUGGCGAGGCAGGCCACGUGGACGUGGCCGUGGUGGAUUCAUACCUCGAAACAAGAACACACUCAAGUUCGACAAUGAUUAUGAUUUUGAACAGGCCAAUACUGAAUUUGAAGAACUGAGGAAUCAACUUGCCAAAACUAAGAUCAGUGAAGGAGAUGUAAAAGUUGAGGGAACAGUAGAAGUGGACAAGAAAGACGAUUCUGGCAACGAAACGGGUGCCGGCGAACCUGAAGUCGAGGAAGAUUCGUCUUUCACUGGCUAUGACAAGACCAAGAGCUUCUUUGACAACAUAUCCUGUGAGGCUGUUGAGAGGUCAGCUUACUAUAAAAUAGCUAUGUCAAAGGGGAGGUCUCAGCGGACGGAUUGGCGUACGGAGCGUAAGCUGAACUCAGAGACGUUUGGCGUAGCGUCGGCGCGGCGCGGGGCCUGGCGCCCUCGCGCGUCGUGGCGUCAUCCCGCGCACCACAACCAACACAAUCAACAUAACCAACAGUACGCGCAUCACCACUACCAGCAGCAACAUGCCUGGCGCUCCAACCGCGGCGCGCGCUCUCGGCCCUCCACCAGCACCGCCGCGCCGGAACAGUCUGCACCAGCUAAGUAGAAAAGGGGAUGAGAAGACUACAAGACAGAAUCUUAAUUUAUUAUCGCGAGGACUUAUCACAAAUGGAAAAGUAACGGAAAAGUUCGAGUUGGUGAAAAAAGUGUUGAUCGAAUAUGACUGUGCGUGUGUGCUAUGUAUGUCACUACGGGAAAUAAUACUACUGAAAGGUUUUUAAGAUGGUGGAACAUUUUUUGGUGUGAUAGUGUUGUAUCCAAUUUAAUGGAAGGAAUGAGAAAGAAAUUCCCGUAAGCAUACAAUAGAUUAUUUCGGCCGAGAGAGCUCACAAGUAGAGUUUUGUAAGGAUAGAAAUGCUGUGGGCGAUCAUUGUCCGUUGAACUGAAUUUUGGCAUCAAAAUUGUGUGUUAUUGUCAAGGUUAUUGACCAACAUGAUGCUAGGAUGUAACUCAUGUGAUAUCAGAUGUCAAUAUUCUGUGGUGAGAAGGAAAACAUAAAAUGCCUCUCAACUUGUAAAUUACACCAAUGUCAUGUAAUUUCUUGCAUAGCGUACUGAUUAAUAUGAUUUAGCGCCCAAUGAAAUGUAUUUUCAUAAAGCUUCUCACCUGUUUGUGCAUUUGUGCCUAUAAUUGUUAGAUUAUUGAACGUUUUUAUUGAUUAAGCGUCAUUGCUCUUCCAUUUUUAUUUUAAAAAGCAAUGACGAUUAAAGCAGCGGUCCUACUAAUUUGAGAAAGAAUCCUUAAUGUGGGUGACUUAAAAGUUUAAUUGCCGUUUAGUUGUUUAUAGAUUGUAGUUAAAUAAAAUGUGAUGGUAGGGCUGCUGAUGCGGUCUCCAGUGACGCCAGCGCGGCUCACCAGGGUUACUACCAAAUCUCUCAGCGCGCUUUGAUUUGCGUCGCGUGUUUGUAUUCGUAAUCAAACAGUGAAGUGUUCCAAAGUUUUUAUCACAUUAAAUUUUAAUUGUAAAUCUAUUUAUGCUAGAAAAGGACAAAAAAAAUUUAAUAUCACUUUGAACAUUGUUAGUUUUCAUAAAAGAUGUGUAAAAAUAAAAUAGAGCAGCAGGGUCCUUUUCAUGCUGAUAUCAGUUUGACAAAAGAUGUGGUAUUUGUAAAAUCUGUUUCUCAAAACUGUACCUGGUGAUUGUAUUAUUAUGAAAAUAUACAUUUACUACAAAUCUUUCAAA